AUGAGCAAAUUUACAAGUACAAUAUGUGAAAACGCGCCCAAGAAAGUGCUCCCGGCUGCGAUGCGGGCGAUGUGGGCGGGGCUCUUGGCGGCGUUGUCCGUCGCCGGCGCCGACGCUAUCCUGGUGCUGGGUAGCGCCGCGGCGGCGGGCACCGGCGUCUCGCUGGGGCUGGGCGGCGCAGCCGGCGGCAUCGCGUCUGGCUUGGCGGCUAUUGGCUUGCUAGGAGCGCUUAAGCUCGGUCUGAUCGCGCUGGUGGGGACGAAGGCCGCCGUUUUCGGCAAGGGCGGCGGCUGCCGCGGCGGUGGCUAUGGAGGAAAAGGCUGCGGAGGCGGCUGCAGUGGUUACAGGGACGGCUGCGGCGGAGGGCACCACGGCGGAGGAGGCCACGGCGGAGGUGGCUAUGUAGCCGUCUAUAGCGUCCCCGCCGGUGGAGGAGGUGGAUAUGGAGGUGGAGGGCAUGGGGGUGGAGGAGGAUAUGGAGGCAGCGACUCUGGAGGGCACGGAGGUGGAGGAGGAUACGGAGGCGGUGGCUCUGGAGGAGGAUACGGAGGCGGUGGCUCUGGAGGAGGAUACGGAGGCGGUGGCUCUGGAGGUGGACAUGGCGGAGGACACACGGGAGGAGGAGGAGACGGAGGAUUCGGCGGAGGCAGCAGCUACGCUUCGCUUGACGCCGGCGUCGGAGGCGGCGGGGGAGGAAGCAGCUACGCUUCCCUCGGAGGCGGCGGAGGAGGCGGCCAUCACGGCUACAGGAAGCGCAGCGUGGCCCAGGAAGGCUUCCCGGGAAGCGCCCAGGGACGCCCCUCGGAGGACGCGUACUUCCGGAUGGUGCGAGCCGCCGACGCCACGCGCUGCGGCCAGCGGCUGGUGUGCGAGCUGGCGUCCCGAGCGGGCCUGGCCUAA